GCUCGAGCAACCGAAGCAAUGACACACAUCCGAGUCUAGGAGAAGAAGAGAAGUGAGCGAGGGAAGGGAACAUAAACAUGAGAAGUGGAACACAGCCGUUCAUUCUGCUCUAAAUCUGCUGUUUUACAGACUGAGAAGCAGCAAGCAGGAGGAAUUACUCCAGGAGAAACUACGGACAUACUAUUGUAAAGAUGGAGAUUAAGGAAGAACCCUGCAGAAUAAAAGAUGAAGAUACAGAGGAACAAAUAGACCCGAUGGAAGUGAAUGAAGACAAACAGCAACAAUUUCAAAAACCUCAUAAUUUCACAAAUGAAGAUGGAAAUGCAGUUGUUUCACAGACUGAAGAGAAUUUCACACAGAAACAAGCUGGAAAAUCUGGAGUCAAAGGAUUUUUCACCUGCUCUGAGUGUGGAAUGUUUUACGUGCACAAAUCAGACCUUAAUAAACACAUGAAAUCUCACACUGGAGAAAAUCUGUUCACAUGCUCUCAGUGUGGAAAGAGUUUCAGUCAAAAAAGAAACCUAGAAGAUCACAUGAGGAUUCACACUGGAGAAAAACCGUUCUCAUGCUCUCAGUGUGGAAAGAGUUUCCUUCAUAAAGGACACCUUAAGAUACACAUGAGAGUUCACACUGGAGAAAAACCGUUCUCAUGCUCUCAGUGUGGAAAGAGUUUCGUUCAUACAGGACACCUUAAGAUACACAUGAGAGUUCACACUGGAGAAAAACCGUUCACAUGCACUCAGUGUGGAAAGAGUUUCAAUCGCACAGGACACCUAAGAUAUCACAUGAAAAUUCACACUGGAGAAAGGCCUUAUACAUGCUCUCAGUGUGGAAAGAGUUUUGUUUACAAAAACAUUCUCAAAGAGCAUCUGCUCUCUCACUCUGGAGGGAAGCCAUUCAGCUGUGAUCAGUGUGAGAAAACAUUUGUUUAUUUAUCUAGCUUAAAAAAACACCUUAAAGUUCACACUGGUGUGAAACCUCACGUUUGUUCUGUAUGUGGAAAGAGUUUUUCGCGACUGGCGACUUUAAGAGUGCAUGAGAGUAUUCAUACUGGUGUGAGACCUUAUUUGUGCUCUGACUGUGGGAAUGCCUUUAUUACAUCAGGUGCAUUAAAACAACACCAAAGAAAUCACACUGGAGAGAAACCGCAGUGCUCUUCAUGUGGGAGGAGUUUCACCCAAUUAUCUACACUACAGAAACAUAAGAAAAAGCAUUGCCCGAAGGUGUCUAAGUGA